AUGAAGCUCCUUCUGAUUGCCGUCGUUAUCUGUAUUGAUACAUCAGGAUUCUUGACAACAGCAAAACCGAGAUGUGCACCCCUGUACAAUGGCGGUCGUGGAGGACCAGGAGGAGCAAAUGUUAAAGAAGGAUGGAGUUUCAAUUCACGAACCAAUCACUGCCAAACAGUUAUGUAUAGAUCUCGCUGUCGUCCUCCAUGGAACUGCUUUCUUACUGAGUCGGAGUGCGAAGAAAAUUGCGAUCCAUUAGUGUUGGAGUGGCUAAACAAGUACGAUGCAUUUUGA